AUGCCAGUCCGCUCGGAGGACCCUUUGGUCGAAUUGCCAGAGCACCUUGAAGUUCCAGAUCCAUCCUUUACCUUUGUCCUGGGACACCUGGUGAGUCAUGUCUUCUGUGUGGAGCCUCCUUUGGAAGCUGCAGAUGCAGAUGAUGCGGCCCUGCAGGACUUUGACCCUCUGGAUUCACUGUCCAAAUUUCACGAAGGUGGAGAGACCCUGAAUACCUCCAGCAUUUUGCUCCUGCAACGUGAUGAGCUGGAAGCUUUCGCCGAGGGCGGCACCUUAGCAGCCGGCCUCCGCAGAAAGGCCGAGGCCGAAGCGGCAUGUCGCAAGCGGAAGAAGGUGAACGAGGCCCGGCAGAGGGCCCUGGAAGAACUGGGAGAAGCCGCUGAGGCCGAAGCUGAGUCUGGCAAAGCGGCUAAGGUGGAUGGAGAUGGAAGAGACGACUUCACCUUGAUUGUUUCUGGAUAUCCUUCAACACCUGAGGAACUAGCUGAGGUGGAAGCUGCAGGGCUCUUUGAAGUGGCGGAUGCUUGGGUUUCCUUACAUCUCAGUGGUGAAACUUGCAUAGAUGAACCGGACGACAUUGGGGGCACGAAACGAAUUACUCGUGUCAUUGGUGCUCCUGGUGCAUUGACAGCCUUGAGAGAGAAGGUGGUGACAUCCGAAGCCGGAAGUCCCUAUGCCACAACCAUCGUCACUGAACUGUACAACUGUCACGAAUGGGCCCCAGGUCGACCCACCGAAGUUCUGGACCCCAGUGAGCUGGUCGUUGCAGCUUUUGCCUCUGCAGCUCAGCACCGGAUCACUUACAAGGAAUGGAUUGAGUCCUUGCCAGAGGACAGAAUAGUAAUCCCUGACCUUGAAACAGAGCCUACCAGUCUGGACACGAGCGUGUAUGAACGCCUGGUAGAGUCCACAGAUCCGUCGCGUCACGAUGUUUCGCUCAUGCUGUACUGUCUUUGCGAGCAAGUGAACCAGUCCCUCAAGGGCAACGUGGCGGAAGUACCGGCUCAAAGAAAAAAGCCUUCAGCGGAGCAGAUGUUGCCUGGCAAUGCUUCAGCCCGCUCUUACCUGCUUUAG